ACACGUGCUCUGUGGUAAUCGGCACGUGAUCUCUCGAAUCACUGUGUACGUCAAUCACCGUACCCCACGACGGCUUAAAAAUAUGUGUUCAUUUGUUUUGCAUUCCAUUGCGACGUAGUCACCACCGCAUGGUUGCGGGUGGUCAGCAACCCCUUCUGCCAACUGUGGUGGGAACUUCCCCGACCAAAGAUGACCAGAUGCGAUGCUGCAAUGGCCGACUCUGGUUUGUGAGGGACAUCUGUGGGAUAAUCUGCGCAGUUAUGACAUGGGGACUGGUCCUGUAUGCCGAAUAUGUGGUGGUUGGCGUGAUUCUGGCCCCUCUUGUGCACACCUACUAUGGGGCCGUGCACCUCGUGCUGUUCCAGGUGGCAGCCUUCCUUGCCGUCUUCUCUCAUGUCCGUACCAUGUUUACAGAUCCUGGCGCUGUGCCUCGUGGCACUGCCACAAAGGAAGCUGUGGAACAACUUGGGUUGCGCGAUGGCCAGGUGGUCUACAAGUGCCACAAGUGUGUGUGCAUCAAGCCAGAGCGUGCCCACCACUGCAGUGUCUGCCAGCGGUGCAUUCGUAAGAUGGACCACCACUGCCCAUGGGUCAACAACUGCAUUGGGCAGAACAACCAGAAGUUUUUUGUUCUGUUCACUAUGUACAUAGCCAUAAUUUCGAGCCAUGCGCUUUUCCUAGCAGUGAACCACUUCAUCACAUGCCUCAACACAGAGUGGAAAAUUUGGUCUGGUGCGAUGGGCGUCGACAACAAGUUCGACUUCGUAUCGAAGCUGCUCGUGAUAUUAGUCAACCUUUCUUCUGUACCAGGGCCGGAACUCUCAUCUGGAACUGCACGUCCUGGAAGCAGUAAGUCUGAAUGCACAAGUGGGUCACCAGCGGUGACAGUAAUCCUGUUGGUGCUGCUCAUCUUUGAGGCACUUCUGUUUGCAAUCUUCACCAUGGUGAUGUUUGCUUCCCAGAUUCAAGCCAUUUGGAAUGACGAGACGGGUAUCGAACAACUAAAGAAGGAGGUGGCUCGCUGGCGGAGACGUUCCCCUUGGAGAAGUGUGCGCUCCGUCUUUGGCCGCUUUUCCCUCUCCUGGUUCUCGCCGUUCACAUCCAUCGGUACCAUUGACUCGACCUUCAAUGGCAGAUAUAAUUUGUAUGCUGUGUAGAUUUCUCUCGCAAAUCUUACACUGGACUGAUAACUCUGCCUAGUAACGGUCAGAUCAAUGCUAGAGAGAGGUUUGCAAUGAAACGGAAAGGAAUGGUACAAUGCUGCACUGUCCAGGAGCUCUCGGAGCAACAUUUCGAAGCUGUACCUUGGAGUUGCAAAGCUGCGGGUGACGGUGCGAGCGUCGAGAAAUUUUUGUAGAUUCUGUGGCAGCUUGAGAACUUGUAGCGCACAUUCUGGUGGAGAAUACGGGCGAACGAAUAUAACGGUGUACUUUUAUGAAAUAUUAAGAAUAGGUGAUUAUUCUGUUAUUUUGUGAUAUUGGGCACUCUUUGUAGAACCAACAGGUGCAUUGUAUGGUUUUGGCACGACUGCUUUUAUUUCUUAUUUUUGGCAGUGUUCAGGCCGAUAAGUGUAAAUAUAUUUGAAUAUGGAUUUACAGUGCGAACGACAUGCUUUUAACGAUGAGUGAUAUAGCUUGUAGGCCUUUGCUAAUGAGGGAGAAUGUGCAGUUGUUCUGCCUGCCUGCCAGUGUGUAUGUGGAGUUAUACCUGCAUCUGAGCUGUAAUGUUUUAUUUGUACACAUCGAUCGUGAAGUGUCACAGUGCUGGUUGAUGCAAACUGCUAUACAUAAUCGGAAUCUUUAAAAAAAAAACAGUAUUACUAUGUGUUGCAUUUGCCACAGUAGCUGAGUCUUGUCGAUGUGCAAAUGUUGUAAACAGUGUUUAAAAAAAAAGAGAGAGAAAAGAUAUGUACGACGAAAAACUGACAUCAAGCUCACUGUCAUCUACA